AUCUUUGGCGACACGCAGCGGUGGCGCUAGUAGCCGCACGCUUUGAUUGUGUGUCUAAUGUGUAUGUGUAUGAGCAUAAUUAUAAUCGGAUUGCUAAGUUGUGAUUCCAUACCUCCAGUGUGGCCAUGGCUGAUCCAUCGAAGUAUCGUCCAAGAUGCUUCUUUGAUAUUGACAUAGGAGGGUUUUCAGCUGGUAGAAUCAUAGUUGAGCUGUUCUCUGACAUUGUUCCCAAGACGUGCGAAAACUUCCGAGCAUUAUGUACAGGUGAGAAAGGUAUUGGAGUGAAAACAAAGAAAGCCUUGCAUUACAAAGGUUCUCUGAUCCACAGAGUUGUGACAGAUUUCAUGAUCCAAGGCGGUGACUUUUCUGCAGGCAAUGGCACUGGUGGAGAGUCCAUCUAUGGAGGAACAUUCGAGGAUGAAAGCUUUGAGCUGAAGCAUGACAGACCGAUGCUACUGUCAAUGGCCAACCGUGGCAAGAAUACAAAUGGAUCUCAGUUUUUCAUGUUAACAAAGCCAGCUCCACACUUAGAUGGUGUGCAUGUUGUCUUUGGGAAAGUGAUUGGUGGGGAAGAUGUCAUCAGAUCCAUCGAAAAUAUACCAACAGAUGAAAGCAGCCGGCCAACUGGUGAUGUGAAGAUUGGCAAUUGUGGCGAAUUAGUGCUACAACUGAAGGCCAUACGCAAGAAAAAAAAAGAGUUAGCAGUGAGUGAAAGUGAGAGCGACAGUGCAAGUACAUCAGAUAGCAGUGAGGACAGUGAUGAAGAUAAGAAGAAAAAGAGGAAGAAGGCAAAGAAGGAGAGGAAGAAGAAAUCCCGUAAACGCGAGGGCAGCUCAGGAAAAAGCAAUGAAGAUAAUGAGACAAAGAAGGAGGAAAAAGAGGAGAUAUUCAGCACAGUGAGAGCGGAGGAGGUGCCGGAGAUUCCAGACAACAAGUUUCUUAUGCGCAAAACGCCCGAAAAAGAAGUGAGAAAUCCGCAAAGAAAUGAGGGAAGAGAUCGGGAGAGGUUUCCCGGCAGACGCUACGCACGAACUCGCUCGGGGAGAAAGGUGAAAGGAAGAGGUUCCCGGCGCUAUAGAACGCCCUCUAGAAGUCGUUCUCGGAGUUACACGCCGCCACACUGGCGGCAGGCGGAACAGCGCACAAUCAAGAUAGACGAAUACCUCGAGGAGAUGAAGCGACUCAAGGCAAACGAGGAGGAGCGAGAGGAGAGGCACAAGCGCAUGACAGAGAUGAGGGAGAAGCAGAAGGAAGCGGCUGCAGCAGAGAUACCCCUGCAGGAUGCUGAAGGCAAGCGUGAGCACCACAGGAGAAAUCCGCAAAGAAAUGAGGGAAGAGAUCGGGAGAGGUUUCCCGGCAGACGCUACGCACGAACUCGCUCGGGGAGAAAGGUGAAAGGAAGAGGUUCCCGGCGCUAUAGAACGCCCUCUAGAAGUCGUUCUCGGAGUUACACGCCGCCACACUGGCGGCAGGCGGAACAGCGCACAAUCAAGAUAGACGAAUACCUCGAGGAGAUGAAGAGACUCAAGGCAAACGAGGAGGAGCGAGAGGAGAGGCACAAGCGCAUGACAGAGAUGAGGGAGAAGCAGAAGGAAGCGGCUGCAGCAGAGAUACCCCUGCAGGAUGCUGAAGGCAAGCGUGAGCACCACAGGAAGAGGGAUGAAGAGAGAGGCGGACACAUGGAGAGGGAGAAUCCAGGAGAGAAUCGCAGGAAUCAACCGGAGCAGGAAGUCACAGUCGUCGACGGCAACCGUCACGUCGCCGCUAGCGACGGGAGAGCGAGACGCCACCGGCCCGAGCGAGACGAGCAUGCAGGCGAUGACGGCACCAGGGGGCGCCAGAGACACCGGCGACGCCGCGACUCGAGCCGUGAUCGUGACGAUCGAGAGAGAGCAGCGGCGGUGGAGGGUGACGACGAGAUAGAGACGAACCGCGACGGCAAGCAUCGACAUAAACACAGGAGGCGCCACCGCAGCAGCAACGACGGCGUUGAACCCGGCCGUGGCGAUGAGGCGCCUCGUCUGCUCUCACAGGUUUACUCCGUGCCGUCGGGCAAAGCCAGCGAAGAACUGCCGCUGCUAGAUGCCGCCGCCGCCGCCGGCAGCAGCAACAUCCCCAUGCCCAAGGACGCGUCGGCCAUGUGGUGCAGCAGCAAGGACAACGAGACGAUCCCCGGCCUGGUAGACACGGCGAUGGAGGAGGGCGAGGAGGAGGAGGAGGCGGCGGCGACAGCGGGCAAAGACGACGCCAUCAAUCAGUCGCCGCGGAAAGAAGCGGACACAUCGCCGCGAGACCGUCCACGCUCCUCCGCCAGUCGCUCGCGUUCCAAGUCGCCUGUUCGCAAAAGGUCACGGCGGCAGAGCCACUCGCGAAGGUCGUGCUCCGUCAGCAGGCACCGCAAGGGAUCAAGGUCACGAUCAAGGUCGAGAGAUCCCAAAAGGUCGCGUUCCGGGUCGUCUCCAAGGCGGAGGAUGUCGCACGACUCGCGACGGCGUGGGUCACAUUCAAGGGAAGAUGCGCAUCGCUCCAGGCGAGCACACAGGAGCAAGCAGUAGCUGUCACGCUACAUCGCAGAUGGCUGUAUCGGCUGUCCAGACAUGUCUGUAUGUCAGGACUCGUGUAGUGACGUGCAACGUUUUUUUACAGGCACAUCUGUGCCGACGUAAACAGAAUUCUCAUGUCUUGAUGAUCAUUUCUUCCGCUGUCUGCUACGUUGAUUUUGGAGAAAUCUGGUUUAUAAAUAUUUUUGGCAUGUAUAUGUACCCAGAGGUUAGUUACUAUGAAUUUUUUCUUUGAACCGAGGCAGAGUUGGUAAACAUGCAAGUAUAGGAGUCGAUUCAUUUAAAAGCAGAGCACUUGUAAGUGAAUAUAAACGAGCAAAAAUAAGUGCAUACUUGUGCACGGUAUGCAGCAGGCAAUGUGGAAUGAAAAUUUUGACUCGCAUAUAAUACACGUAUACUGUAAUUAAUAGUUGAUAUAGUUAGUUGAUUAUAAUAGUUGAUGGACGUUUGGAACGUAUAUUUUACAGGUAUAAAUUGUUAACAAAUGUCAAAGCAUUAAUAUGUGAGAAAUGGAUUAAUUUUAAAUGUUGAAUGCAUUCAUUAAAUGUUAGAUUAGUAGUCAUUGUGGGUACAAUUAUAUUUGAGAAGUUGAUUGCCGUUAGUUUGCUUGUAAUCCUCAUUAAAUAGCUUAACUUGUAGCACCGACAUGUAUGCGUGUAUGUAGUACUGCUAAAUACAUUUAUUUGAAACAUUGUAAAAAAACAA